GGCUCUUUAAAGUUAAAUAAACGCCGCGGCGCGACUUGUGUUGCAGUUGCACGCAGUGUGCAGAGGCGCUGAGAGACAGACAGGCAACGAACCGAGACGAACAGACCCGAACCUGCGUGGCAAAAAGACUCUUCUAGAGAAUGACGUCCAUUUGUCCAAGAUGCGAUAAGACUGUGUUUUUCGCUGAGAAAGUGAGCUCUCUGGGGAAAAACUGGCACCGCUUCUGUCUGAAAUGUGAACGAUGCAGUAAGAUUCUGUCUCCUGGAGGCCAUGCGGAGCAUGAUGGAUUGCCUUACUGUCAUAAACCCUGCUACGGAACUCUCUUUGGACCAAAAGGUGUAAAUAUCGGAGGGGCGGGGUCUUACAUAUAUGACACGCCUCCUCAAACACCGGUUGACAAAUCAUUUAACAGCCCUUCAGACGGAGCACCCACCACACCUUGGACCAACUCACAGAUCAACUAUAAUCAACCCAAAGCUUCCAAUGCUCCUACACGCAUGUUUGCUGGAGAAACUUAUUCGUGUCCCGGCUGUGGAAAGGCAGUUUAUUUCGCUGAGAAGGUGAUGUCACUGGGUCGCAACUGGCACAGGCCUUGCCUUCGCUGUGUGAGGUGCAAGAAAACACUGACCCCUGGUGGUCAUGCAGAGCAUGAGGGCAGCCCGUACUGCCAUGUGCCCUGCUAUGGGUACCUUUUUGGACCAAAAGGUGUGAACAUUGGAAAGGUGGGCUGUUACAUAUACGAGAAAGAAAAUGCAGAGAAUGAAAUCCCAAGUGAGCAUUAAGUCAUAAUGAAAAAGCUCUUUUUUAAUUUGGUACUGAAGUGUUGUUGUUGUUGUUUUUUUAU